ACAACACGCAAUUAUUUAGUUAAAUUCACACAUUGAGAAGGUUUCGAUUGAAUAAAGCGCUAGUUUAGUUCAUCAUUUUGUUUAUACUGUAACAAGUUUUAACUGUGGAAUUUAUGGAAAUUAAUCGGUGAAUGUUUGCUUUAAUUUUACACGAUUACGUCAUUGAUCAAUAUUAAGAUUAAAUAUUUACACAUACAUAAUGUUGAUAUUGAAUAGUUUAUUAUUAGAUAUGAGCGAACAGUUAGCGCCUGAAUUGCGGAACAGAUCCAGGGAAAGAUCCAAAACUCCAUUUCACUUACGUUCACAAUGUGAUGGUGAAAAUUGUAAUGAAGUAGGUCACGUUCAUGGUUCUUCUAAAAAGAGUCCUACAGUGACAACUAUCACGGAAGAACCAGAGUGGCUAGAAUCGAACAAUGCUGCGCUAAUCCAUAACAAGCGAAAUUUAAAUCAAGCAUCCACACCAUCGACGGUACCUGAAUUAACAACGACAAAAGUUCAAACAAAAUCAAACCAAAGUAGUCAGCGAACAACACUUAAGGCGAAGCGCAUUCUCAACAGUGGAACAGAAGUUAAAGAUAAUAUUGUAAACAGUGCACAUGUGGACUUACUUGGCACAAAAUUUUCUACGCCCGAGCGUAAUUCACUGAACAACAGCAAAGAUCUAACGAAAAUGUUGGAAAAUGUAAAUUUGAAUGAUCAUCUGGCAUAUAAGGAAUACAAGGAAGCUGGAGAGUAUUGGAAGAAAUAUCCAAAAACGGAUUAUGUUUACUCGUCCACCUAUUCCCCAUUUCGAAGAGAAAUCAAACCGGGCGUCAUAGCAAUGCCAAACAUGUCACGACGAGGCCUUGAUCACCAUCUAGAUCGUAUCAAAGAAAUGGCAUCGAAAAAUCCUACCCACAUGUCGGCUACUCGAUCCCGUUAUCAGUCCAAUUACAAUGACGUUGAUUUAGAUGAGUUUGAUUAUCAUCCAACGUACAUUCAUCGAGAGAGCGAGAAGAGACCGUCAAUCUUUCGACAAUUUUUCACAGCCAUAAUCAUGACCAUUUUGUCCACCUUCAACAAAAUUUGCUGUAUAUUCACCAGUGAAGAAAAUUACGGAAAUGUGCGUCGUGCACAUUUGUAUGAAAACAAAGGUCUGUCUUCCAAAACGAUGUCGACAUUGAAGUCCGCGGUUUUGUCAACGUUUGGACGUAUUUACAUAAUUAUUGCGUCUAUUCAAUUUUGGGAUUCGUGUUUCUUACAGUCAUCAAAUACAGAGAAUCACAAUAAGAAGCGUUUACUACUAAUGUUGUUACUACUUUUGCCGUUGCUGCUUUUAACUGGACUUUAUCAGUACCACGAAAAACCUUUGCCAAUAGCCGAUAUUUCGUCCAGUUCCCUAGAUUAUAUUAGUAACUAUGUUGAUUUGGACAAUGUCAAAGGCAUCACUUACGAUCAGUAUGGUAAUGCUAAGAAUAUUUCGCUUGAUUUCUUACUUUAUUUGAAAGGUUUGUCAGAGAGUUAUGCGCAGGAAAUAAAAAAUGUGUGGACCGAAAAGUUCAGUACUUAAAGC